UUUACGCCACCGUUUGCUUGCUUUGAGGAUUUUGCAAAUUAUCUUGAAUUACCGUGAAUGCCACUCUGAUUUAAAUAAACUGCCCAUUUUCAAGUCUGGACACAGUCUCGCGGCGCUACUGCAAACAGAGAAUAAGCAAAUUACCCAUAUGAUGCAAAUUUGGGCAUUUGGCGUGCCAUCGGUGAUUGACGUGCCAGCCUUGAGACCUAAGUUUUUGCAGUUCGGUCGCUAUAUCAGUGUUUGCCUCUCAGGAUAAGGUCAUUUGACACGAGAACGUUCAACAAAAAUCUUUCAGCUGAGUUUUCAAGUUCAAGUUAUUCAGAACACAGCUAGGAUGGAUUGCAGUAUGGACGGGGACGCGUUCCGUCGUGCAGCCAAUGAGAUGGCCGAUUUUAUCGUAGAUUACCUGAAAGGUGUUAGGGACCGCCCCGUGUUACCCUCCGUGAAGCCUGGCUAUCUACACAAGUUGCUUCCCGCAAACGCUCCUCAUCAACCUGAGGCAUGGGAGGACGUGAUGAAAGACGUAUACGACAAGAUACUGCCUGGAAUGACCCACUGGCAGCAUCCACAUUUCCACGCCUACUUCCCAGGCGGUAACUCCUACCCCUCCAUGCUGGCCGAGUUCCUGGCAGCCGGGCUGGGCAGUAUCAGUUUUACCUGGAUUGCCUCCCCUGUCAUGACAGAGUUGGAGACGGUCAUGGUUGACUGGGUUGGCCGCAUGAUGGGUCUACCCAAAGAACUGCUACCGUACACCGAAGGGUGUAAAGGGGGAGGGGUCAUUCAGACUUCAUCCAGUGAGUGCACUCUCGUGUGUCUGUUUGCUGCCAGAACAAAGACAAUUAACGCUAUGAAGGAGACACAACCAGAUGAAGAUGAGUGCAUCCUGCUAUCUAAGCUGGUGGUUUAUUUCUCGGAAGAGGCCCAUUCAUCGGUGGAGAAGGCGGCCAAUGUUGCCUUUGUGAAAAGACACAUUUUACCGACCGAUGACGAGUUCGCUCUCCGAGGGGAGACUCUACGCGAAGCAGUGGAGAAAGAUAUAGCAAGUGGACUGGUUCCCUUCUUCGUCUGUGCUACCAUGGGUACAACAAGCAGCGCAGCUGUGGAUAACAUCGAGGAGAUUGGCCAAGUCUGCGCUGAGAAGGACCUGUGGCUUCACGUGGACGGAGCCUAUGCUGGCAACGCACUCAUCUGUCCGGAGUUCAAGUAUCUACUCAAUGGGUUCCAGUAUGUAUCGUCAUUCAACUAUAAUCCUAUUAAGUGGAUGCACGUCGGCCUAGACUGCUCAGUCAUGUGGGUGAGGAACAAAUACUUGCUAGUUGAGGCACUGUCUAUCAACCGCAUCUACUACAUGGAAGCUGAACAAGAGAAGCACUUGCUUGAUUACAGGAACUGGACCAUCCCUCUGAGCCGCCGAUUCCGGUCUUUGAAACUGUGGUUUGUCAUCAGGUUGUACGGCGUGGAAGGACUACAAGCUUACAUUAGAUCGCACGUUGCCUUAGCCAAGUUGUUUGAGUCUUGGGUGCUGGCGGAUGACAGGUUCGAGGUUGUCGGCACUGUGAAGUUUGGCCUCGUUUGCUUUAGGCUAAAGGGGGAGAACAAUUUGACAGAAUUUCUACUGCAACGAAUCAACCAAUCUUUUGAGGCUCACAUGGUUCCAACCUCCCUUAAAGGGAUAUACGCCAUCCGAUUCACCCCGUCCAAUUGGUAUUACUCCGAGGAGAUUAUUAAGAAAACCUGGGACAUCAUCACCGACUUCGCCGAGGUAGUACUUCGCAAACACCAGGAAACCGUCAAGCGGUUCCAGAGUCUGCUGGCCAAGUACAAGGACUACGCCCGAGCCAGGCGUGAGUCGAUCGUCGACGGUGACGUCUUUGGAGAAGAAGAGGAGGGAUCGUGGACCGGAGUCCUCCGCAAGAUAGGGUAUCGCUCUGCAUCUUCUGGGACAUCAUCCCUCGAUGAUGUCCCGGAGGAUUCUCCCCUAGAUGCUGUCGAGGAAAAUGCACCAGUGUCUCCCACUCUUGAAGAUCGUAAGAAGGGAAUGAGAAGAAAGAGCUCCUUCCAGUCGCUGACCCGCUACUUUGACGAGUCAACGAUGACAGUCAAGCAAGCAAGCGAAACACUCUUUUCCUGA